UGUGUUGGCUCACAACAAUCAUCAUCCUUCUUCCCGGCCGGCCCCUGCGCAUCGGCGGACACCCCAUCAUAACAAUUAACAAAUGACAACGACACCCUCUCUUAGCUUCUUCCUCUCUCUCUCUCUCUCGCCUACCAAUACAUACCAUGCCAAUGUGCUCGUAUAAAACCCCAUCGCCCACCACGAUGCAUUGAUGCACCGCGCCGCAGCCAUGGCGAUGAACGACGGCUUCUACUCGUCCAUGGCGCACGGCCUGGACGCGCUCCACCGCAGCCCGCACGCGUGCCUGUCGGCGGCCUUCCUCCAGCAGGCCGCCGCGCUGCUGCGCUCCCUGCACUCGCAGCUCCUCCACCUCGUGCAGCGCCUCCACCUGCCGCCCGGCGAGCGCUGGCUCGACGAGUACAUGGACGAGACCUCCCGCCUCUGGGACGCCUGCCAGCUCGCCCGCGCCGGGGCCUCCGCGCUCGACGCCUACUGCGCCGCCGCCGCCCGCGUCGCGCCGGCGAUCCACGCCUGGCUCUACGACGCCGCCGCCGCCCCGCACGUCCACCGCGCCAUCAGCGCGCCCAGGCGCCACGCCGCCGGCCUCCAGCAGGACAACCGCGCGCUCGCCGACGCCCGGCUCGACCCGGCGGCGCUCCUCCUCGACGACCGCUCCCCGCUCGACUUCAAGCUCAACGCCUUCAACGGCUUCCGGGGGGUCCUCUACGCGCUGCGCAACGCCAGCUCCUUCCUCCUCAUCGUCCUCAUCUCCGGCACCGUCACCUGCCUCCCCGACCUCCUCACUACGGCCUGCUGCUGCGCUCCUGGCGCUGCCGCCGCCGCCGCCACCCACCACCAGAACUACGUCGCCUCCUCCAUGGCACGCCUGCGCCAGCGCGUCGCCCAGGAAGUGGACUCCAGGUCUGCUGCUGGGAUCAUGAUGUACGAGUUCCGCCAGGCCAGGGCCGCCAUCGACAGCCUCAAGCAAGACUUCGACAGGGUCGUCGCCAUCGGCUGCCACCCUGACCAGAUUAUUGGCGACAGCCUCGCCCAGAGAGCGGAGAUCAUCAAUGGCUGGGUCGGGAUGCUGCGAUCAGGAGCCGAGAGCCUCGUCGUCGAGCUCGAUGACUUCUUCGAUGAGAUCGUCGAGGGCAGGAAGAUGCUCUCCGACCUCUGCAGCCAUCGCUAGCUAGCUGAAACAAACGAAUUGAACCUCAAAAGACUUCAGUUCAGUUCAGAUCUUCUAUGAUGCUACUAGCUCUAGUACCAGUAGUAGAACAACAAGACUAACAAUUCUAGCUAGAGAACGGAAGGUGCCUUUUUGUUUGCUUGUUUUCCUCCAUGCAUCAGCUGGUUAAUGAGUUGCUGUGUUUACUAUCGAGAAUCUAGAUAAUAGCUGCUACUAUUCUAGUAGCCAGGGUGUCCAUACUUAAGUCGUGUCGUGUGCAUGCACAAUCAUCAUCA